AUGUUCGACAAGUAUAGUGAAAAUCAACUACUAAAUAAAACAAACAUAAAGACAAGCGAACCUCCACCUCCUAGUAGUAACAACUCAAAUUUGAAUAAAUUGCAUUGGGCAGAUGCAGUUAGAUCUCUACCAAGAACCCAUCAACCUACACCUCCUUGGCAUUCAGCUAGUGGGAGAAAUGCGGACAUAGAUGUCUUUGAGCAAGAGAUGGUGAACAGCGGACAAUUCACUGUUGUGGGUCAGUCAAAAAAUAAAGACAACACAGUCAAACAACAAAUCAAAAGAAUUAUAGGCAAAAAAAUUACUGAAAAUUGUAAACUUAAAGCUGAAAAACUACUAGUAAACAAAACUGUCUACUCAAUGAGUAAUGUUCAGAAAUGUAACAGGACAGAUGUUGAAGAAUUCUUAAGUUCAAAUGGGAUAAAAGUACUUACUUGUUUCCCAGUCUUCAAAAAAUCAGAAUUGGAGUCAGAAAUAAAAGAUCAAACAGAAAAAAACAACAGAGAGUCAACAUCAUUCCGCAUAUGCAUUGACAGUAAUGAAAGACCCAAGCAUCAUACCAAAUGA